AUGGAGCCGGAGCCGUCAAGUGUCAAGAGUCUUUCCAAACGCAGACGCUUCCCGAUAUGGAAGGGGACCCGGAUGAACGGAAUUUACUAUGGCCCUUCAUCGCUCGUCUACUUCACCCAUCGGUUAUCAACAUUCACCAAGAUGAACUUUGAGUCUAACUUUCCAUCUGCUCCAAAAUCCUCAACCUCCCCAUCUCACAUAGGAACCUCCAGUCAGCUGCAACGCGAGCAGCAGGACGCCCUGCUUGACCUCUACUGGCAGGGUUAUCAUGCCAUAUAUCCCGUGUUGGACGAAGCUGAUUUCCGGCGUCACUAUGACACUCUCUGGCAUGGCUCAACGGGAAGAAAGCCCUGCCCCUUGGUGGACAUUGUUAUUGCGUUGUGCAUUCAUUUUAGCUCAUCCUAUACGGCAUCGGACGCUGCGGCUCUCCCUGAUCAACCAGGAUACGACUUCUACCUCCAAUCUCAGCAACUCCUCAGUCAGGAUCUCGAAGUCCCAUGUCUGAGGACAGUUCAGUGUUACUUCCUGAGCGCUAUCUACCUCCUUGCCCUCGGCCAAGUCAACUCAGCAUCCACGAUGACCGGGUCAGCGAUUAGAACUGCAGUAUCGCUAGGCCUUCAAUUCGGGUAUGACCAUGACGGGAUGUCUGAGGACGAGCCAAGAUCAUGGACGCCCGACUCAAGAAUCUGGACGUGCUUGGCCACCCUCGACGCACAGCUAUCAUUGUACCUGGGCCGUCCAUUCGCGAUCCAGGACUUCGAGGUACACAGCAUGUCGCAGCCAGAGCCUGACCAUGUUGCACAGCUUUCCGGGCCAACAUUUACCCUUGCGGAUGUCAACUGGCUCCGCUUCCAGUACGAAAGGCAACGACUCUUCCAAAUAGUUCGCGAGAUCCAAACCGAGUUGGUGGCCGUGUCCGAGGACGUCUUGGAAGACAUUGACUCUCCAGACUUUUAUCAUCAUCCUUCAUCACGUGAGAAGUGCGCCCAAUAUCUCUCGCAACAGCUCAAGCAACUUAAAACAUGGAUCCAAGAACUUCCAGAAACACUUAAAACACCACGUGUACAGGGAGUUCCAUUCUCUGUUGACCGUUCCGCGUUGAACCUGAGUCAGACAGAGCCUCUUUGGCUACAGAGACAGCGCCUGAUCCUCGAGCUCGACUACCACACACUGAUCAUGAUGCUCACCAGGACAUUUAACUCGUUUCUGCCGACACCGGCACUUGGCACGUUUUCCAGCGACAACCACUGCAUCACCUGCGUUAACUCUGCCAUUAUGGUGACCAACAUGCUGGACCAGGUGCUAAGAGACUCAGAGAUCCUUACGGGCUGGUACCAGGUUAUCGACUGGCAACGGACGGCAACUUUUGGCCUGGCUGGCUUCGCCUGUGGAUAUCCCAUUUGUCCACUCUCUCCGUCAGCACGCAAGACACUCACUCGGGCUGCGGGAGUGUUCGAGAGAGCUGGCUCCAGGGACAUGGUGCAGCUGGCUCAACACCUUAAGACGAAAUGCCUGGACAUUGUCCAGGCGUUUUGCGCCAGACUGGGGAUAGUCACACCCGCAAACACGCCUGCUGACCAACAGACCAGCUCAGAGACUGUUGACGAAUCCUCUGUCCCGAGCACCUAUAAUGUUAUGAGUAUUGGGGAAGAGGCCUUGGCCAAUAUUGGGCUGGAAAACCUACCUGACGAUCCCUUUUGGGCGGGAGAAACGCCUUCUACCCUGUUAUGGGGAGACUUGAUGAGAGACUUAGAUUCAGGGUUGGCGUCUUCACUUGGACAUAUCGGUGUCACCGAGUCGACUAGCCAAGCAUAG